UCAUGGGGCCCCCGGGCAAUAGGGGAUCAUGGGGCCCCUGUGUCCUUGCCCAAACUCAAAAAAGCCUAGGAAAAAGGUACCAGGGGCAUCUCAUGGGGCAUCCUACUGACCCCGGGCCCUCGGGCAGUGCCCGAGUUUCCAAAUGGUCAGUCCGCCCCUGGGGUUAACCAAAAUAACAGGAGCUACAUAUAAACUCUAUUACAAUAAACAGGUUCACCUACUAACAUACCACAAGGUCACCACUAUACAAGCACACCAUUAUGCAAAGUAGGACCAUAAUGAUAAAACCCCUGCAAUCAUCCAAAUAUAACAAAAG